UGCCUAGCGCGUCCUCCGCAGUGGGCAGGAGGAGCGGCCGCCGCCAUGCCGGACAGCUGGGACAAGGACGUGUACCCCGAGCCCCCGAGCCGCACUCCGGCGCCCUCGCCACAGACCUCCUUGCCCAACCCCAUCACCUACCUGACGAAGGCCUUCGACCUCCUGGUGGACAGGCCAGUGACCCUGGCGAGAGACUUCAUUGAGCAGCAGCGAGCCAAGAACAAGUACCACUACUACCACCGGCAGUACCGCCGCGUGCCCGACAUCACCGAGUGCGCCGACAGCGACGUCCCGUGCCUUUUCGAGGCCGAGAUGCAGUGGCGGCGGGACUACAAAGUGGACCAGGAGAUCGUCAACAUCGUGCAGGAGCGGCUCAAGGCGUGCCAGCAGCGCGAGGGCGAGAGCUACCGGCAGCUCUGUGCGCGGGAGCUGCAGCAGUUCGCCGCCGUGUCCAAGGCCUUCCAGGACCGCUACUACGACCUGGGCGCCCACUACUCGGCCCGCAAGUGCCUGGCCAAGCAGAAGCAACGCAUGCUGGCAGAGAGGAAGGCAGCCAAGGAGGCGGCUGCGGCCUGAAGGCGCCAGCAUGGCCUCCACAGAACCUCAAUAA